AGUGCACAAGUCGUAUAUACUGGGGCGCACCUGUGAUUCGAAAUUCUACCACAAUGAAGACAUUCAUUCUCACUCUCGCGUUGGCCGUUUCGGCUCUUGCUGGUAGUCGAAUGACACCACCUGCCGGAUCUAUCGUUGUAGCCAAAUCCGGAGGCAAAUACUCAACCAUCAGCGCAGCCAUCGCUGCACUAAGCACGACGUCAACAUCCACUCAAACCAUCUUCAUCGAACAGGGAACUUAUAAUGAACAAGUCUAUAUCCCUAGUCUUAAGGGUGAACUUGUCAUCUACGGUCAAACCGAAGAUACGAGUUCAUAUUCUUCAAAUCUGGUAACUAUCACCCACGGCCUUUCUGCAUCACAAGCCGGAAGUGACGAUCUAAGUGCAACUCUUCGAAAUUAUGCCGCAAAAUCCAGAAUCUACAAUAUUAAUGUGAAGAAUACCUAUGGAUCCGGUGCGCAGGCUCUCGCCCUAAGCGCCUAUGCCACGGAUCAGGGAUACUAUGGCUGCCAAUUCAUUGGUUAUCAAGAUACUGUACUAGCAGAAACCGGAAAUCAACUAUACGCAAAGUGUUACAUCGAGGGUGCAAUUGACUUCAUAUUCGGCCAGCAUGCGACCGCUUGGUUCGAUGGUUGUGAUAUUGGGGUUGUAGCUAGAAACGGAAACGUCGGCACAAUCACAGCCAACGGACGCUCAUCGUCUAGCGAUCCUUCAUACUACGUGAUCAACAAAUCGAACAUAGCUGCUGCAAGUGGUCAAUCUGUUAGUGCUGGAAGUUAUUAUCUCGGACGCCCAUGGAGUCAAUACGCCCGAGUGGUAUUCCAAUACACAUCCAUGAGCAACGUUAUCAACAGCGCAGGUUGGGAAGUAUGGUCUAGCUCCCAGCCAAAUACCCAAGACGUCCUCUUCGGGGAAUACGAUAAUUCCGGCGCAGGAUCACAGGGUACUCGUGCAAGUUUUGCGAAGAAACUUAGCUCACCGAUUGGUAUCAGUUCUAUCUUGGGGGCCGACUACACAAGCUGGGUUGAUACUUCUUAUCUGUCCUAG